CCACAUUCCCACGCAGACAGCCAUUAGUACUCACUACUCACCAACAAGGGAGGGAACAGUCACAUGCAUUGAGUGAAGUAGUUGAACAGCUACCCUAGUGAGUAUUGUAGUAGGGAAGUACUCGUUAGCGCACAUUGUCGUCAGCGGUCGGCGCACAAACUCCGCGAGCAUCCACUAGUCUCUGUUGCGUACGAGAUCCGGAAGACCCGAGGAGGAGAGUUCAUCCCGCUACAGUCAUCCAUGGCUCUGUGCAACGGAGAAACCAAGCUGGACAUCAGCAGCGUUGAGCCUCAGAAUGGUUCAUGUGAGGGGGCGGUGGUCAUCCUGGAUGCCGGGGCGCAGUACGGCAAGGUGAUUGACAGGCGGAUCAGAGAGCUGUUUGUCCGCUCAGAGAUCCUCCCACUAGAGACGCCAGCCUUCGCCAUCAGAGAACAAGGCUUCAGAGCCAUCAUCAUCUCUGGCGGUCCGAACUCUGUGUACGCUGAGGAUGCCCCCUGGUUUGACCCUGCUAUAUUCACCAUUGGAAAGCCUGUCCUGGGUAUCUGCUAUGGAAUGCAGAUGAUGAAUAAGGUUUUUGGAGGAACAGUACACAGGAAGAGUGUGAGAGAGGAUGGGGUGUUCAACAUCGGACUGGACAACACCUGCUCUCUCUUCAGGGGCCUGCAGAAAGAGGAGCCGGUGCUGUUGACUCAUGGGGACAGUGUGGACAAGGUGGCCGAUGGCUUCAAGGUGGUGGCCCAGUCAGGGAGCAUCAUUGCAGGUAUUGCCAACGAGCAGAAGAAACUGUACGGGACCCAGUUCCACCCGGAAGUGGACCUGACAGAGCGGGGCACAGAGAUAUUACGUAACUUCCUGUUUGAAAUCGCCGGCUGCACUUCCAACUUCACCGUCCAGAACCGCCAGCAGUCCUGCAUCACAGAGAUCCAGGAGAAAGUUGGCAAGUCCAAAGUACUGGUUCUGCUGAGUGGAGGGGUGGACUCCACCGUGUGCACGGCCCUGCUGAACAAAGCUCUGAACAAGGAGCAGGUGAUCGCGGUGCACAUUGACAAUGGCUUCAUGAGGAAACGAGAGAGCCAGAGCGUUGAGGAGGCCCUCACCAAACUGGGCAUCAACCUCAAAGUGGUGAACGCAGCACACACUUUCUAUAACGGUACGACGACCCUGCCCAUCUCCGACGAAGACCGGACGCCACGGAAACGCAUCAGCAAGACCCUCAACAUGACCACCAACCCCGAGGAGAAGAGGAAGAUCAUCGGAGACACCUUCGUCAAGGUGGCCAAUGAGGUGAUAGGGGAGAUGAACCUGAAGCCGGAGGAGGUGUUCCUAGCCCAGGGCACCCUGAGGCCAGACCUCAUAGAGAGUGCUUCUCACCUCGCCAGCGGCAAGGCAGAGGUCAUCAAAACACACCACAACGACACAGAGCUCAUCCGCAAGCUCAGAGACGAGGGAAAAGUCAUUGAGCCGCUGAAGGACUUCCAUAAGGAUGAGGUUCGGGCACUGGGCAGAGAACUGGGACUGCCAGAGGACAUCGUCUGUCGACACCCUUUCCCUGGUCCUGGCCUGGCCAUCAGAGUGAUCUGUGCAGACGAGCCCUACAUCUGUAAGGACUUUGCUGAGACCAACAACAUCCUCAAGAUCAUCACAGACUUCUCCACCAUGGUCAAAAAGCCCCACACGUUGCUGCAGAGAGUGAAGUCGUGUAUAUCAGACGAGGAGGAGGAGAAACUCCUGCAGAUCACCAGUCUUCAUUCACUCAAUGCCUUCCUGCUGCCAAUCAAGACUGUGGGAGUCCAGGGUGACUGUCGGUCCUAUAGCUAUGUGUGUGGGGUCACCAGUAAAGAAGCUCCACACUGGGAAUCCCUCAUGUUCCUGGCCAGACUCAUCCCUCGCAUGUGCCACACCAUCAACAGAGUUGUGUAUGUAUUUGGGUCCCACGUGAAGGAGCCCCCUACAGACGUCACCCCCACCUUCCUGACCACGGGCGUUCUCAGCACACUCAGACAGGCGGACUUCGUGGCCCACUCCAUCCUCAGAGAGUCUGGUUACUCUGGGAAGAUCAGUCAGAUGCCGGUCAUCCUGACCCCUCUGUGCCCUCUUUCUCCCAGGUUACUCUGGGAAGAUCAGUCAGAUGCCGGUCAUCCUGACACCGCUGCACUUCGACCGCGAUUCCUCACAGAGGCAGCCGUCCUGUCGGCGCUCUGUGGUCGUCAGAACUUUCAUCACCAGCGACUUCAUGACCGGGAUACCAGCCACGCCAGGAAAACACAUCCCCGAGGAGGUGGUGCUGAAGAUGGUGAAUGAGAUCAAGAAGAUCCCUGGCAUCUCCCGGGUGAUGUUCGACCUGACCUCCAAACCUCCCGGUACCACAGAGUGGGAGUAGAGCUCACAGAGAGAGAGAAGGGAGGUGUGGUGAGCUCCUCCUCCUCCUUUCUUUCCCUCUCCUAACACCCCCCCUCCCAAUCUCACCCCUCCUCUCCUUUCUUUCCCUCUCCUAACACCUCCCCACUCCCCUGGCCUGCCCCCCCCAACCUCACCCCUCCUUUCCGAUCACCCCCCCGUAGAACAUUCCCGUGGAAAGCAGGCAGUACUGUGAUCAGCGCACACUUGAAGCUGCCACUCUGCCCCCCCCUCCCCUCCCCCUUCAUUUUUUUGGGGGAGGGGUGGAUGACUAUUCACCCUUCUUUUUGGGUCCGUUUCUUCGUGCGUGACAAUACAUUAUUCCUUUUUUUUGGUGCAAGUGCUGCUUCCUGUUUGGAAACCGCCAGUUGAGGUCAAGAGUUAAGGAGUUCAGGAAGUGGAUUGUGUACACGGUAUGCCUCAGAUUACAGCGUGAGACCAACAACUGAAGAAAGCAAAAACGACAUACUUGUAUGACAUAACGGAGAAGGAAGAGCAGCAACUAGCCAGGUGGUUUAAAAGUCAUCCAUCGUUUUAAAAAAUUAUUUUUUUGCUUUUUUUUUGUUACACUUCUGACAGGUUUUUUUUCUCCCAAAAUGAUUUUUACUCAUCCGUUUACCUUUCAACUGUAUACUGUACAAAGAGACAGGGGUUUCCUGUCCAAAGUCAUUCAGCAGAGAAACUGUGACAAAUUAGUAUUUAAAAAAAAAAAAAAAGUUUACUUUUCAUUUUGCCAAAUGUAGACGAGCCGUGGUGAAAUUAGAUCUGGGUUAUUAUCUCUUGUUAACGAUCCACUUAAAUCAAAAUGGUGAUGGUUAAAGCUACCCGACCGCGGUCAACAGAAAAUAUUAGUUUAUUAUCACAGAUGUGUGACACUGUGUGGGAAAUCCCCAAAAUGACGAGUUGUCCUUUUCUUUGGGUGCCUGUUUCUUUGGGUGCCUGUUUCUUUGUGUGCCUGUUUCUUUGGGUGCCUGUUUCUUUGUGUGCCUGUUUCUUUGGGUGCCUGUUUCUUUGGGUGCCUGUUUCUUUGUGUGCCUGUAAGCCUGUUGGGUGCCUGUUUCUUUGGGUGCCUGUUUCUUUGGGUGCCUGCUUCUUCGUGUGCCUGCUUCUUCGUGUGCCUGUUUCUUUGUGUGCCUGUUUCUUUGUGUGCCUGUUUCUUUGUGUGCCUGUUUCUUUGGGUGCCUGUUUCUUUGUGUGCCUGUUUCUUUGUGUGCCUGUAAGCCUGUUGGGUGCCUGUUUCUUCGUGUGCCUGUUUCUUCGUGUGCCUGUUUCUUCGUGUGCCUGUUUCUUCGUGUGCCUGUUUCUUCGUGUGCCUGUUUCUUUGGGUGCCUGCUUCUUCGUGUGCCUGCUUCUUCGUGUGCCUGUUUCUUUGUGUGCCUGUUUCUUUGUGUGCCUGUUUCUUUGUGUGCCUGUUUCUUUGUGUGCCUGUUUCUUCGUGUGCCUGUUUCUUCGUGUGCCUGUUUCUUCGUGUGCCUGUUUCUUCGUGUGCCUGUUUCUUUGUGUGCCUGUUUCUUCGUGUGCCUGUUUCUUCGUGUGCCUGUUUCUUUGGGUGCCUGUUUCUUUGGGUGCCUGUUUCUUUGGGUGCCUGUUUCUUUGGGUGCCUGUUUCUUUGUGUGCCUGUUUCUUCGGGUGCCUGUUUCUUCGGGUGCCUGUUUCUUCGGGUGCCUGUUUCUUCGGGUGCCUGUUUCUUCGGGUGCCUGUUUCUUCGGGUGCCUGUUUCUUCGGGUGCCUGUUUCUUCGGGUGCCUGUUUCUUCGGGUGCCUGUUUCUUCGGGUGCCUGUUUCUUCGGGUGCCUGUUUCUUCGGGUGCCUGUUUCUUUGUGUGCCUGUUUCUUUGUGUGCCUGUUUCUUCGUGUGCCUGUUUCUUUGUGUGCCUGUUUCUUUGGGUGCCUGUUUCUUUGGGUGCCUGUUUCUUUGGGUGCCUGUUUCUUUGUGUGCCUGUUUCUUUGUGUGCCUGUUUCUUUGCUCCUCCUUUGUUUUUGUUAAUUUUCCUUCAUGUUUUUCAGAGAAACAAGAGGACUGACAUUGAAUUCAGAUGUUAUUACUGUCUAAUUGAUGUGUGAAUGUCAUCUUUGUUGUUUUCACCUCCUACAGGUGUGUAGGAGCAACGUUUGCACAUUUCUCUUUUUACCCAUAAAGCCAUGGUGCUUUCCUGACGCGAAGGGAAUGUACUUCCAGUUGACGGAUUUUAAAACCCCAAUCACGGAGCAUCCCCCCCCCCUUUUUUUUUAAUAGUGUCAAAGGUCAAAUUGAAGACCGGCAGUGGUCAUCUUGAACGUUUCAACUACCAGAGGAGUCCCCAAAUAGGCAUUCCCAGUAACCUGGUUCUGCGAAUGCUUUCAACAUUCAUUUAAUGAGAUAGUCCUCAGCUAGUCCAGGACUCAGCAUUUUACUGGGCCUGAAACGAGUGGUCUUAAGGACCCCUGUCUGCCCCAUGUCCAGCCUGCAGGUCAUGUUUUACUGUGCGAUAAUACUGAUUUUACAUGCCUCUGUGUUUGACUUUGUACCCCUCACCUUAGAUAUUAUUUCGUUAUAACAGCAAAAUACACAAUGCAAAAUGAAUCUGUUCCUGAAACUUAACUUAACUCUUAUUUGCAACUUGUUCUUAAUGUCUCUCCUUCUGUGUUGUCUUUUACUUGUGUAUUUUAUGAUGCACAUGUUUACUUGGAAAACAAACAAAAAACGGCUUUAAAAUGUAUGGGUUUAAUUUUAUAGUUGGAUUUUACUGCAAUAUUGAAAUGAUUUAAGUUAUGCAAUUCUGUCAGAUAAUUUAGUUUUUAAAAUGAUCGAUGCUCAUUUUUCCUCAGUAACGUGCCUCACAACAAGCCGCCACGUGCAGAUUCACGAUGACAUUUGUAUAAUGAAAAACCAAGCUUUAAUAAAUAAGUCCAUGUUGAA